AUGAAUUUACGCAAACGCGGAAUUAGACUUGCGAUCGUGGCAGCUCUGUCCAUCCUGGCAGUGGCGACACAGGGUCGCGCAGAACAGCCACUCACAGCGCAGUACGAGAAACUGAGGGCCAAUGAGAAACAGGCAGAGCUGUGGGCGCGCAUCAGCGAGGUCCCCUACCCAGAAAGCGGGCUGCCCACCAAGGAUCCCGGGCUGCCCGAAAUUUUGAAACUGUUCCUGGCCACCUACUUGUGGCCUGCCCUGCUGCACACCUCCGACGAGCUUCCAGAAGGGCGCACCAAGUUCACCGGCCUCUUUGCGAGCGGCGGAGUGGGAUUUCUGCGCAUCUCCUACGCGCGAUACAAUACCCCGGGAAACUUCGUGCCGGGUACCGUGCUCAAGAUAUUGAUCGACGGCCGCCCCUCAAUCAACAUUCAUGGCAUGCCGGGCCUGGACGGCCAGGGGGAUGAUAAAAACGUGUUCGAUCGGAGCUCGUCAAACAUCCUGCAGCCGCCCAAGAACCCCAUCUUGAAGGUGCUCAUGGCCGCAUUUAACAUCGGCGUGAAGACCCUGGCAUCCAACCCCGCGGACAGGCCGGAAGACACUCUGCACAUUCCCCUGCUGGAGGCGGCUCAGGAGAAGUCUGAUGGGACAGUUGUGCCUGAGGAGAAUGUCGAUGAGCCCUACGAGAUGGUGCUGCAGCCCACCAGGGAGGCGCAGGUGGCAUAUGCUAAGAACCUGGACAAGGACAUGCGCGCAGCCUUGGCAGAGAUUCCCGCAGGCAUAACGCUGUACGAUGUGUACGUGAGAAAGACCCUUGAAGACCCCUUGGAGUGCAUCGGCUCCCUUGAGACUCAGGGGCCAUUUGUGGCUUCCUCCUACGGCGACGAGAAGCUUUUCUUCCAGCACAUGCGCCACCGCCACGUCAGCAGCCAUGUCAGCGUCAGCAUGGCAGCUGCGCAGUGA